GAGGAUACAGCAGUGUAGGAUUGAUCAACAGCCGAUGAUUGAAAUCUGGUUUAAAUAAUAUAAACAGGGGUUGUAACCAGGGGCGGACUGAAAACUCAUGGGACCCCCGGCAAUAGGGGAUCAUGGGGUCCCUGUGUCCUUGCCCAAAGUCAAAAAAGCCUAUGAAAAAAAGUACCAGGGGCAUCUCAUGGGGCCCCCUACUGACCCCGGGCCCUCGGGCAGUGCCCGAGUUUCCAAAUGGUCAGUCCGCCCCUGGUUGUAACCUAUAAGUAGCACUAAAGGUGU